CCAGAAGGGAGACGAAGGCAAGGCCAGGGAGGGUAGGGCAUUACAUAAGUUAAGACCCUCAAUCUUUUGGUCUAAAAUUGGCUUUUGUUUCCGUUAUCCGUCUCCUCGUCUCUUUCACCAUCCAACUAUAAUAUAAUAAUGUAAUAUAAAUUGAAGUAAAUCCCCAAUUUCCAAUCCCACCUCUCUUCACAAGCCACCAAAAAACCCUAAUUCAGAUUUUCCUUUAAUUGUGAUUUGCUGCUCUCAAAUUCGAUUCAAAAGACCCAUUUAUUUGUAGUUUGUCCGUAUACGUCUCUUCAUUUAGUUUGACUAUAUUCAUAUUUCAAUAUAAGUACAUAGUAGAAGGAGAGAUUAAGGAUUUGGGUUAGUGAAGGAACAUUUUAAAGAGGAUUUGAGAAAAGCGAAUGGAAGGUAUACCACACCCAAUACCGAGAACGGUAGAUGAAGUCUUCAACGACUUCAAGGGCAGACGCUCUGGCUUGAUUAAGGCUCUCACCACUGAUGUUGACAAGUUCUACCAACAGUGUGAUCCUGAGAAGGAAAACUUAUGCCUAUAUGGGCUUCCAAAUGAGACAUGGGAAGUUAACUUGCCUGUUGAGGAGGUGCCUCCUGAGCUUCCAGAGCCUGCACUGGGCAUAAACUUUGCUAGGGAUGGGAUGCAGGAGAAGGACUGGCUGUCAUUGGUGGCGGUUCACAGUGAUUCAUGGUUGCUUGCUGUUGCUUUCUAUUUUGGUGCACGAUUUGGGUUUGGCAAGAAUGAGAGGAAAAGGCUUUUCCAGAUGAUAAAUGAUCUUCCGACCAUAUUUGAAGUCGUGACAGGAAAUGUCAAGCAACCAAAGGACCAAUCUGCUAAUCACAACAGCAGUGGCAAAAGCAAAUCAAGUUCGAAAUCUCGUCAAUCUGAACCUCAGAGUAAGAUGGUAAAGACGACUCCACCAUCAAAGGAUGAGGAUGAGAGUGGGGAAGAAGAUGAGGAAGAUGAUGAACAGGGUGCAACAUGUGGGGCAUGUGGGGAUAGCUAUGGCACUGAUGAAUUCUGGAUUUGCUGUGACAUCUGCGAGAGAUGGUUCCAUGGAAAAUGUGUGAAGAUUACACCUGCAAAGGCUGAGCAUAUCAAACAGUAUAAGUGCCCAAGUUGCAGUAGCAAGAGGGCUAGAGUUUGAAAGCAGGCUCAGAAGUUUGGACUCAAACCAAUUUAAAGGAAGCAGACAAGGUUUAUAGUUUGGAAGUAAAACAGAGUUGAUGAAUUGGAUGACUGCUGAUGAGAUUUUAAGUUUUGCAACACUUUGGCUCCUGCUUUGUUUUCAUUUUUAUUGGAAUUCUGUUUUAAACUGAUGUUGGCAACUAGAAAUAUUAUAUAUGAUAUGUUGCUGCAGUUUUCUAGUUUCAUCUCUAUGCAUAAUUUCUUCUACACAUUUGUUUUGCCUUUUUAUUUUUAUUUUAUUUUUUAUUUUUGCAUUUGUUAAUGGUAUCUUGUGUUUUUCUAACAAUCAAUGUGGUGGCGUGGAUUCGGAGUUUAACUUAUAUGA